GAAGACCCGGAAGCAGGAGGUUUGAAACAGCGCGCGACCUGUAGUCAGACAAGAUGGCGGCUCUGGAGCGGAGCUUCAUCGAGAUCUGCGGCUUCGAGAGAGACGGAGGCCGGAGGGGCCGAGAGGUGGCCGUGGACCUCGGUGUGAGUCCUCUACCUGGUGGUCUGAAGUUUGCAGACAGUGCUGGAGCGUUUCAUUAUGAGGAGAGUGGGAAGCUGCUGUCAGUCACCAGCAACAGGUUCAUCCACUGGUCCACGUCGGGGGACUCGGUCCAGCUGGUGGAACAGUCUCUGGACACCAACCUGCUAAACAACUCGGUCAAGCUGAAGUUCAACCACUGCACCGUUCUACCAGGAGGAGUCUCCAUCCAGGAGACGCUCAACAAUGUGGUCAUCCUCAUCUGCACCAAUCAGAGCGUCCACAGGCUGCUGCUGCCGCAUCCAACACGCAUGUACCGCAGCGAGCUGGUCACAGAGCUGCACAUGCAGUCCAUCUUCACCGACGUGGGGAAGCUGAGCCUGCAGGACUCUGCCCACAGCGCCGUCAUCCCCAGCCAGGUGGGCCAGACAGGUAGUCCUCAUCGCUGCAGCUGCUGGAUCAGCUACCAGGGGGAGGCUCACUAUGCCCUGGCCUCACCUGCAGGGGGCAUCAUGGUGGUGACGCUGCCGCCGCACGACACUCCAGACAGCGUCUCGGUGGUGGAGCUGAAGCAGAGCUCCAUGAUGAGCCGGUUGUCCGGCUGGAUGCCCUCAGCGAUCCGAGGAGACCAGAGUCCAGCAGACCUGGUCCUCAGUAUGGCUGUCAGAGAACUGGAGGAAGACUCCUUCAUCUUCGCUCUCUGUCAGGAUCACAGGCUGCGGAUGUGGUCGCUCAGGGAGCAGGCGUGUCUGCUGGAAGCUGACAUGUUGGAGUACCUGCCGUCCUGUAAAGGUGUUCGCCGUCUGUCAGGUCAGGGUCACCGCCUCAGAUUGGCCUUCUCCUCCACCACAGGCCUCUGCCUGGGAGUUUACCUGGCCGUCCCUCAGAGAGGACAGUUCACCGUCCUGCAGCUGGUCGCCACCGAUAACAACCGCUACAGCCUGGAGCACAUCUCCUCCCUGCUGAGCACACAGGAGACUCUGGUGGACUUCACUCUGACCUCCUCAGACGUCUGGGCUCUCUGGGUGGACGAAUCCAACACCACCGUGGUCAGAUACAUCAACUUUGAACACAACACAGCAGGUCAGUGGAACCAGGUGUUUGUUCAGCCUCCACCUGAAGAAGAAGUCCAGAUCGGAGUUGACCUGGACCCGCGGGAGACGUACCUGGAGGUUCUGUUCUCUCCACUGAGGUUCACAGCUCCAGCCAUAGUUAAAGCCCUACAGAUCUACCGCCGAGGCUCGGAGCGGAUCUCAGAUGUUUCCUGGGAGGGUCUGAAGAAGGAGGUGACCCAGGCCGUGGAGACCGAGCUCCAGAGCAGCGUCACGGAGUUCGAGUUCUCUCAGGAGGAGUACCGUCAGCUGCAGGUGGAGUUCUGGUCCCGGUUUUACUCCUGCUGCCUGCAGUACCAGGAGGCCCAGUCGGCUCCUCUGGGUCUGACCGUCAGUCAGCACACCGGCAUGGCCUGUCUGCUCCGGAAGGGUUUUGUUUCGUUCCUGCUGCCCUGCUUCGCCGUGGAUCACCUGUACCUGUCCUACGACCAGUACCUGUUCUCAGAGGAGGAGACACCUGUGGCUGAAGACCAAGAGGUGAGCCGUGACGUCCUGCAGCUGGUCCAGUGUCUGCGGCUGGUCAGUGAUGCUGUUUCUCCAGAGAUGGCCUAUGAGAUGGAGAAAGCUCUGGAUUACCUGCAGUCACCUGAGAGAGCCGCCGAGGUGGUCCUGGAGAACAUGCUGUGCAACGACAGCGAUAAUGUGAUCGUCGACAUCCAGAACAAACUGCAGGACGUCCGGAACCCCACGGCGGCCAUGAUGGUUCUGCUGAGGGAGAUGGACCUGGAGACAGACUCUGAGCUGGGCUCAGAUGGCACCGUGGCUGCAGGUCAGAGCCUGAACACCAGGAUCAGUCUGUCCCAGUUGUAUGGCAGCAGCUCUGCAGUGUCUCUGGUCUGUCAGGCCGUCUGCCACGUAGCCAUGACCAGAGCUCUGUUCUGCAGAGACCUGCUCAUCCUGCAGAAGCUCUACCUGCGCUUUGGAGACAACGUGUUUCUGGGAGGGGGCGCUCAGCUGCUGCAGCUCCAGCAGGACUUGAUUCCUCGCAGCUCUCACCUGCUGUCGUCGUAUCACCUGUUGAAACACGUCAGUCAGAACCUGGCCUCCUCCGUCCCCAUGGACACCAUAGACGCCAACCUGCAGCACCUCACCGUGUUGGAGCUGUCCGACUGUCCAGCUGUGUCCAGCAACAGAUCAGCUCUGAGUCCUCAGACGGUGGUGGAGCUGUUCUACCAGACGGUGGGUCGGAGGAUCAUCAUCUCCCAGAUCUACUCCCAGCAGCAGACCAACUCGGUUCUGCUGUGGAACCACAUGAUCUCAAAUGUGGUCCAGCUGCUGGCCCAGCUGCUUUGGCCCAGUAACCCUGGAUUCCAGUUUCCUGAGUGUCUGAUGGCCAACUGCCAGUUCACCCAGCUGCAGGAGUACGUGCGUCUGAUUGGUCCGUGGUGUCAGGUGAACAUCGGCUCCUGUCGCUUCAUGCUGGGUCAGUGUUACCUAGCCAACGGGGAGGGCCAGAAGGCUCUACAGUGUUUCCAGGAAGCAGCGAUGGAGGUGGAGAAGGAGGAGUUCCUGAUGAAGCUGACGGGCAGCGAGGAUGAAGAGUCCACCUCCAGCCCCCGCCUGCAGUACUACAACAAGGUGCUGCGGCUGCUGGAGGACGUGGGUCUACCUGAGCUGGUCAUCCAGCUGUCCUCUCUGGCCAUCACAGAGGCGGUUGGCGACGCCCACAGUCAGGCGGCUCUGUGGACCAGGAUCUUCAAACACCACCUGGACCUGGGACACAACAGCCAGGCCUACGAAGCCCUGACCCAGAACCCCGACAGCAGCAUGCAGCUGGAUUGUCUCCGUCAGCUGGUUGUGGUUCUGUGUGAACGAUCUCAGCUUCAGGAUCUGGUCCAGUUCCCCUAUGUCAACCUGCAUGAUGAGGUGGUCAGCAUCAUAGAGUCUCGUGCCCGUGGUCUGGACCUUCUGACUCAUAACUACUAUGAGCUGCUUUAUGCAUUCCACAUCGUCAGACACAACUACAGGAAAGCGGGGACGGUGAUGUUUGAGUUCGGGAUGCGUCUGGGCCGAGAGGUCCGGACUCGUGUUGGACUGCAGAAACAGGUGAACUGUUACCUGGCUGCUCUCACCUGUCUCAGGCUCAUCAGACCUGAGUACGCCUGGAUCGUCCAACCGGCCGCCGGAGCCACGUAUGAGCGUCCAGGUGCGUCUCCAAAGAGGAACUCUGAUGGCGAGUUUUCAUCUGAACCAGUGAAGCGUCAGGUGGACAUCCUAGAGCUAGAUGAUCUAGAGAAGCAGUACAUUCUGUCCCGCUGCCGCCUGACGUUGGUUCAACACCACCCCCCUUCAGCCGCCAUCGCAGGCAGCUCCUCAGCAUCAGAACUCGUGUCUCUCCUCGUCCAGGUUGGACUCUUUGACUCGGCUCUGUCUCUGAGUCGAACCUUCAGUCUGAACCUGACGCCUGUUUUUGAGGGUCUCACCUUCAAGUGCAUCAAGCUGCAGUUUGGAGGGGAGGAGUCUCAGAAUGAAGCUUGGAGCUGGUUGGCUGCUAAUCAGCUGACUGUGGUCAACACUAAAGAGUCCAGUGCUGCAGAUGAGGCAUGGCGGCUGCUGGCCUCCUACCUGGACAGGUACCCGUCAGCUAACGGGCAGCAUCAUCGCUACGUCAUCCACAAGCUGCUGUCACACGGUGUCCCUCUGCCUGAUUGGCUGGUCAAAUCCUACAAGCGUGUGGACGCUCCGUCUCUGCUGAGGCUCCUCCUGAACUUUGACCUGCUGGAUGCUGCUGCUGAGCUGGUCCUGGAGUACGUGGACGCUGUUCUGGGUCGAGGACAUCAGUACUUUGGAAUCGAGAAGCCUCUGUGUGCGACGUCUCCUCCUGCCUGGCUGCCCUACACAUCCAUUGAUCAGCUGCUUCAGGCUCUGAAUGAGACUCAGACUCACAGCAGCCUCCACCAGCGCCUCCAGGAGAAGCUGUCUGAGUAUCACCGUGUGGUGGAGCAGAUGACCAGACGCCGGCUCAGAGCUGAAGCUGCUGCAAAGACUCAAAGUGUUUUCUAAUGUAAAUCUAUUAAAGUGUUUCUUACUGAACUUCA